AUGCUUCGACGAAAGCUUGGACAUGUUGGAUUUCGACAUGGCGACGACCUGAUCGUAACCCCGUUCGCUCAGCUCCUAGCCAGUCUUCGUAAUGUCCGCGCUAACCUCAUAUCUAUCGCCAAUAUUCAGAGUUCUGAUGAUGGUCGCCACGCCAACCGAAUGGCAAAACGUCCACCGUUGCAUAGCACACCUUUGCCGGAAAACGUCGUUGCUUGUGCCCAUGAAACACUUGAGGAACUCGAUUGGUGCCUCGAUCAGUUGGAAACAAUUCAAACGCAUCGUUCAGUUUCGGAAAUGGCUUCCAGUAAGUUCCGUAAGAUGCUGAACAAAGAGCUCAGUCACUUUGCUGAGUCCUCCAAGUCCGGCACUCAGGUUUCGAAAUUUUUAAUAACCACCUACAUGGACAAGGACGAAGACGAUCCAUCCGUAGAAGUCGAAAUGCCUGGAGAGGGUCCGUCGACGUCAUCGUCGCAGCUGUCGAUGGGUCUCCUGAAGAAGGCGCAGACGGCAGCGAUGAACCGCAUCUCUGGCGUGAAGAAGCUGCGUGCGCCCUCACACGAGGGUCAUCUUCCCGAAUACGGCGUGCCUUGUGCCAAGGAAGUGUCGGUGUACAUGCAGCAGCUGAACGAAUGGGGACCAGACGUGUUUAAGAUCGACGAACUCUCGAGGAACCACGCCCUAACCGCAAUCACGUAUGCUUUGUUCCGGGAACGAGGUCUAAUUAAGGCGUUCGAGAUUCCGUCGUCCGUAUUCGUUACAUACCUUCUCAAUCUCGAACACCACUAUCGGGCCAAUCCUUACCACAACCACAUUCAUGCGGCCGACGUCGCUCAAUCAAUGCAUGUGUUGCUCACCUCCCCUGUGCUCACCGAGGUGUUCUCCGACCUCGAGGUGAUGGCGGCGAUCUUCGCUGGUGCCAUUCAUGACGUAGACCACCCCGGCUUCACCAACCAAUAUCUUAUCAAUUCCAACAAUGAAUUGGCCAUCAUGUACAACGACGAAAGCGUUUUGGAACAACACCAUCUUGCCGUAGCCUUCAAACUUCUGCAAGAUUCCAACUGUGACUUUCUCUGCACUCUGUCGAAGAAGCAACGGUUGCAAUUCCGGAAGAUCGUCAUCGAUAUGGUGCUUGCUACUGAUAUGUCUAAGCAUAUGUCGUUGUUGGCAGAUUUAAAAACGAUGGUAGAGGCGAAAAAGGUAGCCGGGAAUAACGUGGUCGUACUCGACAAAUACAACGAUAAAAUUCAAGUUCUCCAAUCCAUGAUCCACCUGGCGGAUCUCUCGAAUCCGACGAAGCCGAUUGAUUUGUACCGGCAAUGGAACAGUCGGAUUCUUGAAGAGUAUUGGCGACAGGGUGAUCGCGAGAAGGAACUUGGAAUCGAGGUUGGCUUCAUUGAUUAUAUAGUACAUCCGUUGUAUGAGACGUGGGCGGAUUUGGUGUAUCCAGAUGCGCAGAAUAUUCUGGAUCAGCUCGAGGAGAACCGUGAGUGGUACCAGUCGCGGAUCCCUGAAGAGCCUGACACGGCUCGUUCCGGAACUAACUCGUAG